GUUAGCCAUCGCUGAGUUCCAAAGUCUCAGAGUUCUAUCCUCAGGCCUUCACGGCUGAACUCUGAAAGCAGCCAGUGGCAGCUCGACGCCUUGUGUACAGCCGCGCGAACUGCGAGGUCAUCGCAGCUGCCACUGCCAGAGCAGUGACAGAACAGCAAGCCGAAUCAUCAUCCCCCCCUGAACAAUACAUCACCAUAACAAGACGGGAUGAACUCAAACCUUUACUCCUCCACCCACACACGCACAUCUCCUUGGAGUUUUAUUCUUCACAAACCACCACCACAACAUACAACCCUCAUUAACACAAGAAUACACUACACCGAGCACAAACAACCUUCGCUGUAACAGCUCGUCAUCAUGUCUACUCAGCACAACUACCUCGACGACGACGAUGACUUCUCGGAGUUCUACAACAACCCCCUCUACAAGCGCGUCUCCGACCUGACCCCCCAUGAGCGAAAGUAUGCUUGCCCACCUCCUCCUCGUCCUUCACCCCUUCGAGACACUGCCCCCAAAGUCUCCUCCCGAAAGCCCUCCCCUCGCAAGGACGCCGCUGCUAUCAAGGACUCUAUCCGAAAGUACUCCUUCAAGAAGCCCCGACAGACCCCAGACAAGGAGUAUGCCCCCGAGCCAGAGGAAGCUGACUCUGCACUCCACGACUCGACCGCCAACCGCGACUUCCAGCAAAACGUCGCUCGCGUCCUCGGCCCCGAGCACGUCGGAAAGUACGAGAACUGCGCUGACAUGGCGAACAAGGCCAAGGAGGAGCUUGAGGACAAGCCUGAGGGAAGUCAUCACCUCGGACGUCCCUGGAACAAGGAGGAGUUUGACAAGGCUGCGAGAUUGACGCAGUAGGGAGUUGAUUCAGCGACUGUCAAGGCGCUCGUUGGGGUUCCCGAUGACCCGGUCACGGACAAGAUCGAGAAGCAAUUCUAGGAGAUUAUGGGCGAUGAGGAGAUGAUUUUGGAAGGAGGUGAGGCUCUGGAGGGAGAGAUUCUGGAGGAGGUUGAGAUUGUGGAUUGGAAGAAGGCAAAGUCCCGGAAUGGGUGAUAUGGGACGAGGCGACGAAAGUUCAUGAUUCGGAUAUGGCAGAUGAGCGACAGGCUCAGCAGCGUUAAGGAACGCUCAGUCAGGAGUACUCGAUGUUAGCUAUUACGAUAGCUUAAGCCAGACAAUUGGUCGUGUAGUUGACCCCAGUUAUUCGCAUUGCCAGAGGUGACAGUUUUAUUCACUAAUCUAGCUCAGACUUUGGACA